ACGUUGUAAGACCUAAGAUAGGUUCCCUGACUAUUUUUUCGUUCUCUCUCACUCUCUCAGUCCGGCUUCUAUUCCACAGUUUACACUCCAUUUAGAAUCAGUUGUCUAGGAUCGACUAUGAUAAAGCUGAAUCUAAUUUGAUGCAUAUAGGCUGAUCGGUAUCAAUAACACCUUGUCUGUCAUCAUUUCGUCAUAAUUGCUGCAGUGCAAUAUAUAGCUUGCACGUGUUUUUACGUGUUAUGAGAAGUUGCAACCGUUUUAAACAGGUUUUAAACAAGUUGCAUCAUCCAGAAUAAUUUUGUUACUACAACUAUCAAUUAUUAUUUCUUUUAAUCGUUUAAUGAAUUAAACUAUCGGAUAAUCAACUUUUAAUAUAUACGUUACAACUGAACGUGACUAUCGAAGAAGAGGGAAAAAGGUGUCUCUAUAUAAACGGUAAACAUGCCUGGAAAACAGAUGCCGGAUACCAUAUUGGAUGCAAUUUAUACUUCUGAGAAAAGUGGAAACGACGAAACAGGAGAUGGUUCUGAAUCUAAUCCUUUCAAAACAGUUUUGAAAGCGAUGCAUUCUGUCGGAAAAGAACCGUUUCCUCAGAUUUAUCAUGAUUCUUCCAAGGGCAGCGAAAAGUAUGAACUUGUAUCUAAAUCGCAAUUGAAAAAGAUACAAAAGAUUUGGGUACGAGAACAAUACAAAAGCGAAGAAAAACAAAAGAAGUUGUUGGAAGACGAAGAGAAGAGAACAAAGAAUUUAGAGGAUGCUAAAAUGAUCGUAAUUCAAGAGGAUAGUACUUUACCGCCUGCAAUUCGUAUCAAAAUUAGAGACAGUAUUGCGUAUCGAGAUCGGCGAGUAAAACUUUACGGAUGGGUGCAUAGACUCAGACGUCAAGGUAAAGCGCUUAUGUUCGUUACGUUAAGAGACGGAACUGGUUUCCUGCAAUGUGUACUCAACGACAUUUUGUGUCAAACGUACGAAGCUUUGACGCUAUCUACCGAAGCUUCGAUAGAAGUAUUUGGAACUCUCAAGAUCGUACCGGAAGGAAAAAAUGCUCCUAACGGACACGAAUUACUCGUCGAUUACUGGAAGUUAAUAGGAUCGUCUCCAUCCGGUGGUGCAGAUUCUAUCUUGAACGAAGAAGCUCUACCCGAUGUGCAGUUAGACAAUAGACAUAUUAUGAUUCGCGGUGAAAAUACAUCUCGUAUAUUAAUUAUGAGAUCUAUAUUGACGCAAGCAUUUAGAGAUCAUUAUAAGGACAGAGGUUAUUGCGAAGUAACGCCACCUACUCUGGUGCAAACACAGGUAGAAGGUGGAUCAACCUUAUUUAAACUAGAUUAUUUCGGAGAAGAAGCGUUUUUAACGCAAAGUUCGCAACUUUACCUCGAGACUUGCAUUCCAGCGAUGGGAGACGUAUACUGCAUCGCUCAAUCUUACAGGGCAGAGCAAUCGAGAACUCGAAGACAUCUCGCAGAAUAUGCCCACGUGGAGGCAGAAUGUCCAUUUAUUACGUUCGAGGAACUACUUGAUCGAUUAGAAGAUCUGAUAUGCGACGUAGUUGAACGUGUUCUAAAUUCACCUUACGGCCAUCUUGUCAAAGAAUUGAAUCCCAACUUUCAAGUACCAAAGAAGCCAUUUAAGAGAAUGAAUUAUACCGAUGCUAUCGAAUACCUUAGAGCUAACAAUAUAACUAAAGAAGAUGGGACAUUUUACGAGUUUGGCGAAGACAUUCCAGAAAUGCCAGAGAGAAAAAUGACUGACGCGAUAAACGAGCCUAUAAUGCUGUGCAGAUUUCCCGCCGAGAUUAAAUCGUUUUACAUGUCACGUUGCGCCGAAGAUAGACGUCUUACGGAAUCGGUGGAUGUGCUUCUACCAAACGUUGGAGAGAUAGUCGGAGGUUCAAUGCGUAUUUGGAAGUACGACGAAUUAUUAGAGGGUUAUAAAAACGCAAAUAUCGAUCCAAAACCUUAUUAUUGGUACACAGACCAGCGAAAAUAUGGAAGUUGUCCUCACGGUGGAUACGGAUUGGGUUUAGAAAGAUUCUUAUGUUGGCUUUUAAACAGGUAUCAUAUACGCGAAGUAUGCCUUUAUCCUCGUUUCCUGGACCGUUGUCGUCCUUAAAUGCAUUGCAUGUUAUUCAUUUCUGUAUCGGUAUACCUUAAUUUCCAGCAAAAUUAUAGAAUAAAUCAAGGCUUUAAACGAUAAAGCGUAUAAAAAUUUACCAAAUUGUUUGUUCAUUAUGUAAAUAAAUAUAUCGCGUCCCAUUAAACCGCAACGACAAAAGAAAAAAGCUUUUCUAUGUACUUGCAUGAUUUUUCUUUAGAGUAAUUUCAGCGAAACGUUAUUUUAUGGUUUCCCAUUUUCCUUUUUCGGUCAAUCUCAUUUAUUUUCGAACAAUCGAGAUUAUCUAUGAUACAAUUUUUAUGGGUCGGCUUAAAAUAAAUCCAUUUAAUUUCAAUUAUAUUUUCAUUACGUCAAUAUACAUACUUAUGGAACAAUUAAUAUAAUUUAUCGUUUGUUUUAAAUACUUCUUUACGCGGAAAACAUUCUUGAAAAUACGCUUCGUCACAAAGUAAAUAAAUAUAAACGCGAUUGCAUUCUUUUAACAAGAAGUUAAUUGCAUAAUAUUAGUUUGCGAUUAUACAAGUAAGAUAAUAUAUUACGUUCGUAUUUAAAUAAUUACUAUUAACAAUUCAAUGAAUCGGCACGCGAUCAUUGUAUCGGCUGGUGUUCGCGACAUAGAAAUGUACAUUUAACAAAAGAUGAAAAUUAUCCAAACAACAACAACAACAAUAAUAAUAACAACAACAACAUCGACGAGAAUUAAUACGGCGUUGAAACGGUUAGGGGGAAAGAAAAAAAGGAAGA